CACAGAGCAGCAUGAAACUUUUAAUUUUGUUGAUGUUGACGUGGAAAUUUUCGUUUUCCUUAAAAUCAUUUGAAUUCUGUGACUUCGAUAGAGACGAAUUGUUUCUGGAUUGCACCAAAGGGAUAUAUGUAUAUGGCCAUCGCAUAAUAGGUGAACGUAUUAGGUGUGGAUAUAAGGACAUUCCAAGGAAAUACAUCCAGUCCAUUCAGAAUGUAGGAUGCGAUUUUACGGAGUUCAAAUUGUUUAGAAACUGCACCACGUUAAAACUGUUCGAUGUCGGAAAAAUGAAGUCAAUACAAAAGGACACAUUUAGCGAAAUGAAUAUGCCCAAUUUACUAGAUUUGAGAUUUAUCGGUUCCAACUCAGUAAUUAUGAAAUCAGCUCUUCAUGGAACCCACCAACUAAAAGUUCUACAUAUUAUAGACGAUGUUUCUUCAAUAACAGCGUUGCCUUCGGGUUUUUUCAAAGAUUCGACCCAGCUGGAAUAUUUGUUUCUGAAAGGAAGUAAAAUUUCCAAUUUGAGUGCCAUUGACUUUACCGGAUUGGAAAAAUUGAGAAUGCUGGAUUUAACAACCGAUCAAAUUUCUUAUAAAACUGGAAACUGGAAUAUUUUGAAGAGUCUGAGAUAUUUGCUUCUCGAGAAUAAUCGUAUCAGUGACAUUCAGUGGAUGGCAUCCCUAAGAAUUCGCAAUUUGUUCCUUUUGAGUUUGUAUCAGAAUAGCAUCGAGCGGCUAGGCGCAAACGUUUUCAGUAAAUUCGUCAAUUUGAGAACAUUAAUUUUGAACAGCAAUGCCAUCAGUUGCAUUGAGAACGGUGCAUUUUCAAACUUGAAUGCAUUGAAGAAAUUAGACUUAACAAACAACAGACAUACAGCUUUAGACGAAUACACGUUCAAAGGACUUUCUGGUUUGCAAUAUUUGAGUUUAAAGGGUAAUCGAAUAUCGGCCAUGUCGGUCAACACAUUUUCUGCAUUAACUAAUUUGAUCCAGAUGGACUUGAGCAAUCAGGAUGGAGUGGUAACUAUUGACUUGAAUGCAUUUCCACAGUUUAUUGAUCUGCAGACGAAGAAUGUUCUUGCUGAAAAAAGUGCAGAACCGGACAAUAUUGAACAGAAGGAAUUCAAGUGGCUUAAAAGGAUUGACUCUUAUACCAGAAAUACACUUUUUAGUGACGAUGCUUUCACACUAUUUUUCAAAACGCCAAGUGAGGACACGCAGACUCAAGCCGACUUACAUAAUUUAACGCAACACAUCAUAGAUAAAUCACUCAUUCUGGGUAAUUUGGAUUUGUCGAACAAUACAAUCAUUUCGAUUAACGUUGAAAAAAACCACUAGAGGAAAGUAUACUGUUGAAUUUAGCGAAUAUGAUGUAUUCUACAUAUUAAUAAACAGAUUUA